GAACCGUUGUUUACAAAAGUAAAUACAAACGGCUUGAACAAUUAUUCUUGUUUCGUUUUCAUUAAAAUGAAGUUCCGUGCAGUUAUUAGCGAUGGUAUUAACAUCAAGGAAUUUCUCAACGUAAUCAGUACAUUUUCUCGAAUGGAGAAAAAUCUAAUCAUAAAUGUACAACCGAACAAGCUGAUUUUACAGAUCGAAUCUGAAUCGUACGAUGGACAGUACUUGUGGUGCGAAAUCGAUUCCUCACUGCGAGAUGGUUUCUUCUCCGAGUACAUUAUGGAUGGUAUCGACAGCGAGCACAACCAAAUCUAUAUGACCUGCCUGGCGACCAGUUUCCUGCGUGCACUUUCUUACGUACGAAAUAAUGCGGUUGAUUACAUCAAGCUAAAGCUCAUCAAAACACACAUGCCCUGUCUUGCCGUGGAAAUGUCCGCUACGAUCACCAACGAUCAGGACAUCCUGACUCCAAAAAUACAACAUGCCAUGCCCAUCACGGUAGUACCGCGCAAUGAGUGGAAUCAGUACAAAAUUCCGCUCGAGGUUGAGUACGACCUGUCCAUCGCUAUGCCGUCUGCAAAAUCAUUACGCAUGCUGCUGGAUAAGAAGAAAAACCUUGCUCCAACAGUAACACUGUACGCCACAGUCAACAACGAGCUAUCGCUCGUGGUCGAAACUGAAGUUGUAACUGUAGCUAGUCACUAUCGGAAUCUCAAGUGUGUUCCCGCGCGAAAAGCCACCGAACACGAGGCACCGGAACAAUUAACGAAUCUCUCCGAAGCGAGCUGUCGAGUGGAUACGAAGAAACUUGCAGCACUAUUUGAAACGAUCAAUUUUUGCGAUAUGGUAAUGACGGCGAACCUACGACACGAACAUGCGUUAAACAUUCGCUUCGAUAUGCGACAGAACGCGUUUGUGAACUAUAUUUUGCCGGCUACUAAUUUUGAAUAAAUUUCCCUCAAUGUUUAAAUGUUUAAUUGAGCUAUC